GUGGAAGGAGAAGGCGGUGGCUGAGGGUGUUCGGGAGGUUCCGGGCUCGGAGUCAGGGCUCCUGGUGCCAUGGGCCGGGCUGGGGUGUGCUAAGGGGACGCGGGGUGGGUCAUGGCCGGCUCUCGGGCCGCCGCCGCCGCGUCGGCAGGGCCCACGGCUUCUUCGAACAGCCCACCUCCGCAGGAGCCGGGGCUCGGGGAGCUGCUGGAGGAGUUUUCCCGGACUCAGUACCGGGCCAAGGACUGCGGCGGGACGGGCGGCUCUAAGGUUGAACGCAUUGAGAAGAGAUGUCUGGAGCUGUUUGGCCGAGACUACUGUUACAGUGUGAUCCAAAAUGUGAACGGGGAUAUCUGCGGCCACUACCCACAGCACAUCGUGUUCCUGGAGUAUGAAAGUGCUGAGAAGGAGAAAGACACGUUUCAAAGCACCGUGCAAGUGAGCAAGUUGCAAGACCUCGUCAACCGCAGCAAGAUGGCCAGAUGCAGAGGACGGUUUGUCUGUCCAGUGAUCCUGUUUAAGGGCAAGCACAUUUGCAGAUCAGCCACACUGGCUGGAUGGGGGGAAUUGUAUGGACGCACUGGCUACAACUACAUUUUCUCAGGGGGUGCAGACGAUGCCUGGGCAGAUACAGAGGACAUCACAGAGGAGGACUGUGCUCUUCGAAGUUCCGACACACAUCUUUUUGAUAAGGUCAGAGGUUAUGACAUCAAGCUGCUUCGGUACUUGUCUGUCAAAUACAUCUGUGAUCUGAUGGUGGAGAACAAGAAGGUGAAAUUUGGUAUGAAUGUAACCUCCUCUGAGAAGGUGGACAAAGCCCAGCGCUAUGCCGACUUCACUCUCCUGUCCGUCCCGUAUCCAGGCUGUGAAUUUUUCAAGGAAUAUAAGGAUCGGGAUUACAUGGCUGAGGGGCUCAUUUUUAACUGGAAGCAGGACUACGUUGAUGCCCCCCUGAGCAUCCCCAACUUCCUGACAUGCUCUCUGAACAUUGACUGGAGCCAGUAUCAGAGUUGGGACCUGGUGCAACAAACACAAAACUACCUGAAACUGCUGCUUUCCAUAAUUAACAGCGACGACGACAGCGGGCUGCUGGUACACUGUAUCUCAGGCUGGGAUCGGACCCCCCUCUUCAUCUCUCUCCUGCGCCUUUCCUUGUGGGCUGAUGGGCUGAUCCACACAUCCCUGAAGCCUGCUGAGAUGCUCUACCUAACUGUGGCCUAUGACUGGUUCCUCUUUGGACACAUGUUGGCAGAUCGGCUCAGCAAAGGAGAGGAGAUUUUCUUCUUCUGCUUCAAUUUUUUGAAGCAUAUCAUCUCUGAGGAGUACUCUGCUCUGAAGACACCGAGGAGGAAGAGUUUACCAGCCCAGGAUGUAGGCUUCACCCUGGAAGAUCUCUGCAUGCUGAGACGAAAGGACCGUGGCAGUACCACCAGCCUUGGCAGUGACUUCUCUUUGGUCAUGGAGAGCUCCCCAGGAGCUGCUGGGAGCUUCCCCUAUGAGGCCGUGGAGCUGGUCCCUGCAGGAGCACAGACUCAGGCAGCUUGGAGGAAGAGCCACUCAUCCUCUCCACAGAGUGUGCUCUGGAACUGGCCACAGCCCCUGGAGGACUGCCUGCCUUCCCACCAGGGGCUGGUGGAAGCCAAAUCUUCCAGCUCCUCAUCCUCAAACCAUUCUGACAACUUUUUCAGGAUGGGUAGCAGUCCCCUGGAGGUCCCCAAACCCAGAUCUCCAUCUGAAAAAGGCCUGAUGAAGCUGUCAAGUUGCCUACCUGAUUCAUCCCUUCCCUCUGGGCAUAGCCAAUCAGUGGACCAUCCCCUGCCCGGAUCCUCUCUCUCCACAGACUUUGGCAGCUGGCAGAUGGUCACAGGCUGUGGCAGUAUUCAGGAACGGGCUGUCCUGCACCCAGACUCCUCUCUCCCUUUCAGCUUCCCGGAUGAGCUCCCUAACAGUUGUCUGCUUGCAGCCCUGAGUGAGCGGGAGACUCGGCUGCAGGAAGUCCGCUCAGUCUUCUUGGCUGCAUACAGCAGCACAGUGGGGCUUCGGGCAGCAGCCCCCAGUCCCUCUGGUGCCAUCGGGGGCCUGCUGGAACAGUUUGUCCGUGGGGUCGGACUUCGGGGCACAAGCAGCAACACGUUAUGAGGCAGCCAGGAUGUGACAGUUUCCUGUUCCUCUCUCACCUGAGCCCUGAGUGGAAUCAAAGCCAUGCCUGGCCAAGGGGUACUUGAAGGCCAGGGGAAAUCUCCUUACUCCCCGUUCUCCGUCAUGCACCUGGCAGCCCCAGAGUCAAGCAGGGCCCAGGACAGGGCUCUCCAAACCCCAGCUUCCUGACAAGUGACUGCUACCCCUCUUGUCAUUGCCUCCCACCCACCCUAGUCUUUGCUGGGAUUUCCAUCAACUUUAAGGACUGGGUGGGGGGUUUUCCUUGUGGCUUUGUGGAGGCCUGGACUUCACGAAAGACACCUCCCUCCCCUUCCCAUUCUUGUUCCCUGGGGAGGAAGGGGUCGCCUGCACUGAGAAUGAGGCAGUUUGACACAGAUCCACAAAAUAAAUUCCGUCUUUUUGAACAGCU